CUGUCAGUUACAUGUAUGCAGUCAUUGUUUUUUAAGACGAGCGAUCGCUCUCAAGCGCCUGCCGCUCACCUGAAUGUCGACCGAGGGGAGGUUUUUCUCGCUCUCCUUAAAAUUGAAAAUGGCUCUCCUUUACAAAGUCAUUGGGGGUUUAUUACCAUUUAUGAAUCCAGGAAUGACCACCUAACAUACUGUUAUUGUUCUUCAGUAGGUUGCAAAAUUCCCUGGAAUUUUCAAACAGGCAAGAAAAAUAUUGCUUCCACCAACUUUGUUAUGCAUGAAAUGCACUGUAAGAGACAUAUUAUUUUAUGUAAGAAAUGUAAUGAGCCUGUUCCAAGAUCAGAAGAAGAAGAACAUUUUGAAAGUUUUCAUGCAGAGAUUGGUUGUGAUCUCUGUAAAAUGAAAGUAGAAAAAAAUAAAUUAGAGCAUCAUAAGGAAAGCGAAUGUAUGAGCAAGCCUAAAAAUUGUGCCUUCUGUGAACUACAGAUGCCUCAGUGUGAUUUACCAGAUCACGAAAGUUACUGCGGAACAAGGACAGAACCGUGUGCAUCAUGUGAUCAGUACAUCAUGAUUAAAGAUUUUACUCUACAUUUAGAAAGUGGAUGUCAAUACCCAACACCUAAACCUCCGCCUGCGGCACCCGCCUAUCUUACUCGCAUGACAGACUUUAACGAUCCUUUCUCUUUCGAUGAAAUUCAUAGAUUCUUAGAUGAUGCUGAGGUGCCAUCUUUCGUACAGAUUGGUUCAGAUAACCAAUUUGUGGGUGCUUCAAGUUUUGGCAGACGUGGAGACAGAUUAAGAAAUAAUACGUCUGAUAGAACACGUAAAAAUACAACAAACAGAAAAUCUGAAGUCAACAGACAGAAUGAGUUGUCAAAUAGUCCUCCUAAUACAAAUUAUGACAGUAUGCUGUCACAGUUACUUAGUGCCUCACAAACCCCUACAGAUGAUCUUACCCAGUAUGUGGAAACCAUUCAGAAACAAAGUAAUCCACCAGUACUAUCAGGCACAGAAGAGUCUGGAAGUAAUUCUAAUAUCAACCGAUAUUAUGCUGAAGAUCAGUUACCAUGUGAAUUUUGUGGUGAUCUAUUCCCUCCUACUGAUAUUAUUCAACAUCAGAGUGGAUGUGAAAUGAUGAUAUCUGGCGAAUGGUCUAGUAUAAAUCCUGCUAUAACUACUCAUUCUUCAGAAAGUAGAAACAAUGAAGUUCCAACUGAAGUUCAUCGAUCUACAGCUUUUAUACCUGUUAUUAACAACUUACACGACACAGAACAAUGGCAAUCUCCAGUAAUACAUGAACCAGAAGUAGAGAGCGUUGAGAAUACUAUAAUUAAUGCUAAUGUUUACGAUGAUGAUGUUUAUGGUGAUGAUGUUAUGUUACCAUGUGAAUUCUGUACUGAUCUGUUUCCUUCAGAAAUGUUGGUUAUUCAUCAGUCCAUAUGUGAUGCUAAUACAACCGUUACACCUAGAGUUCAAACACCUGUUAGUACCUAUAAACCUAAACUAAGAAAAAACACAUCACAUACCGCUAAUUAUCUAGGAAACGACAACUUUAAUAGCUCCAGAUCUAGAAGACGCCAGGGGGCACCAUCUGAUCUCGGUGAUUACGAAACUUUACAAAAUAACAACGAACUUAGUGAACAAUUUUCUCGUUUUAACUACGAUAUGAAUAAACCCUCUAAUGGACAUUCACAUCAAUCAUAUCUAAUGUCCAGUAGCAAUAAAAGAAUGAAUGCAACACCAGAAGUUAGACGGACGUCUGUUUCUAAACAUAAAACAUCUGAACCACAAAAAACAUUAGAAAACUUAUUAAAAGAUGAUCCAGACCAGCCUUUUGGAUUAUCCAGUAGAAAUGUUGGUACAAGAAAUUUGGAAUCCGGUGCAAGUGGGGGAGCAGGUGCUCAAGGAGAGAGAAGGAAUAAAACCUCUGUAUCUGCUAAAAAGGUUUAUCAGGAAAUAGAGAAAAAAGAUAAAGAAGCUUCAAGGAAAACUCCUAAUAAAAGAUCUACUAAUACAAGGAAUUUUGUUGAUGACAAUAGAGAAAGCAAUGGUGAGAGUUCAGUCCAAACUAGACAAAGAUCUACUCAUCUAUUAAAUGCUGACCAUAAAGCUGGUGCUUCUCAGCCAAAAUCUAAAACCACGACGAAAUCGAAAAGCCAGAAUAGAAGAUGAUGAUAGCAUUAAAUGGAAUGUUUUUCUAUGUGGUGUUACUGUUGAAUUUUGUAUUUAUUAUUAACUGUAUUUUUCUUGUUGCUAAUUUUACAUUUGAGGGUCUCUAGUUUAGUCUCAAUAUUAUUCUGAUAUUCUAAGAUUUAAUGGAAUGAUUUAUAUAUAAUCUCAUUUUAUAUCUCCAACAAUGUCAAUGACAGAAGCUUAAGUGACCCCGAGUGGAGUAUUUCAUCUGUAACAAAAGUAGAAUAGAAUGGAAGUCGAGCAUAAUAAAGAAAUUUGUGAAUGAAUUAGACAAAUGGACUCACCCUAUGAAGGCACUGCGAAGAAUGAAAAUUUAGUUGAUACGAAUGAAAUCACUUAAAAACACAAUAUUCCAGACUGUCUCAGAACAUUUUUCAACUACUGGAAAAUAACUUGUUUCUACCAAUGAGCAUCAUCUAGUACUAGGUUUUGAAUUAGAUUACUAUCCGUAGAAAACACUUUUAAGCCCUUAUAUUUGUUCAAAUUGAAUAUGGAAUUUGACUUUUAGUCUUCUGAAGCACUGGAGCUUUAACUAAAAUGAUCAAGAAGAAAAUGGCAUUAUGUAUGUUAAUGUGAUUAUUUAUGCCAAAUGCAAUAGUGUAUAUAUUUUUGUUUACAUUGUGGGUGUUAUCCUCUAAAUUUAUCUUAUUAUAGUCAGGCUGUGUUCAUGUUUUUUCUUUCUUAAUGAAUAAAUCACGAUUGACAGGGUUGUUGAGAUUUUCUAAAAAAAAUGUUUUUAAAUGUAAAGAAACCAGGGGCAACCAUUAUCAAUUAUUUCAAUCUUCUAUUAUGCCUUUUCAGGUUAAUUUAUCUAUUACCCUGUUGUAACAUUUUUCUUUUUAUGCUAGUCACCUUCUUUCCAGAUAGCUUUUCAAAUGGCAAUAUUUCAACAAAGAAUUAAUUGAUAAAGCCCACAUUUUUACAGAUUAUCAUUUGAAAGGUAGGCAUUGAACUGAUUGAAACAGAUUGUAUCCAAAUAGAAAUAAUCUCUUGCUAUCUGCAACUGUUUGUAUUUGUUUAAUAUUUUAAUAAUGCAAAUGAUCAAUCUGUUUUCCACAUCUUUUUAACGUAUACAAUUGUGCAUAGACAAAUAAGUUGUUUAUUUGUAAAUAUUAUUAAUUAUUAUUUAAAAUAUUAUGUAUGUGUACAUAUUAAGUUACCAAUUUUGUUGUGUUAAAAAAAAAAUAAGGUUUUAACAUAUCGAUUAGUAAAAUUUAUUUUAUGUUCAUGUCAUAUAUUUCGCAAAUUGUGUAUUCAAAAUUCAAUAUUAUUGCUUGUCUAAAUUAUUAACCCUGAUCAUAUACCGUGCCUAGAAGAACCACAGAGGUUGCUACUGCGGUGGCAAAAUUAACUCCUACAAUGACAGUAUAUGAGAAGGUCCAAUCAUAAGAGGACAUAAUACUUGUCAUAUAGAUGUAUUUGGCUUGUUGAAAAUUAAGUAUUUUGGUUAUAAUUUACAAAGUUAUGGGCCUUGUUGGAUAACCUUAUUACUAAGCCAGAAAAGAGUAAUCUUAAUGGAACUUGUAAUAUAUUUUAUAAAUGUAAUUUAAAGACAUCCAUUUUUAUAAAUUUUCUUAAAUUACUGUGGUUAACAGCCAAAUAUUAUGUUUCGUGCAGUACAAAUACAUUAUGUGCAAAUAAAAAUUAUUCUUUCAUUUGGUAUAAA